AUGGAAGAUUUAUUUAGCAUACUGAUAGCUGUUGGAGCUAUAUACGGAUUCUAUAGAUGGUUCAACUCGAGCACAGCCCCAGCUAGCAGCAGCAGCAGCAGUAGCAAUGGCGGUGGCUUAUCCAAUAUCAGGCAAGCUGAUGUACAGGCGCUGCGUACACUUUUCCCCCAGAUAGACAAUUCAGCGCUUGUUUACGAUUUGAUGGAGACUCGGUCGAUUGAACGGACUGCAGAGAACGUGUUGCGUCGCGGGAGGCUGACUACGCCUCCAUACGGUUUUCAGCUGCCGUCGCAUCUCGUCGUCGAACCGCUUAGCGAAUCAUUGCCGAACAACACUGGUAACAGCACCAGUAGCACAAAGGACACACAUAAGAACCUCAUAAAGAAGUACAAUCUCGAGGACAAGGACGUGGAUUCUAUCAACGUCAAUAACGGCUGGGGGACAACAACCGGCGAGCGCGAUAGACAGUUUAAAGAGCGCAAGGCUAAGAUGAUCCUUGAGGCGCGUAGGAAGCUGAUUGAUAAGAAGAAGAGAGAGGUGGCUUAG